GAUGCGGCGCCGCUUCCACACACUGCUAGACGACGCGUUCAACUCACUGGACAGCCAGAGCCGCGGCGGCCGGUGGCGCUGCCGCUCGGCGGCGCCCUCCAGAAACAGAUACGUGAUGCUGCGCCGGUGAUCUUCAAGCUGAUCUCAUGAAGCCUUUGUUUCACGCAUGGUUUCAAGCCUCGCGCACAGACCAUUAACUGCUGGUCGGUGAUAUUUUCUCGGAGUCUGCGGGUCGGUCCGGCGGACAUCGCAACAGAAGUGCGUCCGCAGUUUUAGACGAGUUCACAGUCUGUUCGGAGCCACAGUGGGUUCACAGUGCGAGUGGAGCCAGACAACCGGAGGGUACACGUGGUGCGGGCCACUGACCUCAGUCGAGGACUGCCGAGCGGCCCAUGGACCGUGAUGUAGGUGUAGACCAGAAAUGCCGCGCUGGAUUUCGCUAAUAGGACUGUGUGACAAUCUGUGCGACAGUGCUUCCCAGGAGAACUGAGUUAAAGUUGUUCCAAUUUUAGACCGUUCUCCCUAGACUCCGGGGGUGGUCGUAGCAUCACUCAGUUCGUCUGAGGACGUCAGAAUUAAUUCCGACUCGAGGUUAGCAGUACAAGAGGCAGCGCUGAGCACGAGCGGGACUCAGCAACGAGCCUAUCACCAGGCCCAGGACCAGACUCAGUGCCAGGCACAGCACCAGUGACAGCACCAGCCCCAGCACCAGUCGCACCACUGGCGGCGGCGCCAUGUACGGCCUGCUGCUGGAGAACCUGGCCGAGUACAUCAAGGUCGGCUACGGCGAGGACAUGUGGGAGACGGUGCGGCGCGAGGCGCUGGUGGACGUGCCGUCGUUCUCGACGCACCAGGUGUACCCCGAGUCGCUGAUCCCGCGUCUGGCCAGGGCCGCCUGCAAGAUUCUCAACCUCAAGGAGCAGGAGUUCUUUGAGAACAUGGGCGUCUACUUUGUGGGCUUCGUCGGCCAGUACGGCUACGACCGGGUGCUCUCCGUGCUGGGGCGGCACGUGCGCGACUUUCUGAACGGUCUGGACAACCUGCACGAGUACCUCAAGUUCUCGUAUCCGCGCAUGAGGCCGCCGUCGUUUUUCUGCGAGAACGAAACACCAACCGGCAUGGUGUUACACUACCGGAGCAAACGACGGGGCUACGGAGGCUACACCAUGGGACAAAUCAAACAGGUGGCUCGGCAUUUCUACGACACCGAGAUGGAGAUCGAGCUAGUGCGCGAGGACUCACUGGUCGACUCGUACCACGUCACCUUCCAGCUGACGUUCGACAACCACGCCUUCCGCGAGAGCCACGCCAUCCGGCUGGUGCGCGACGAGCAGAGCCUGCCCAUCCGCGCCGGCAUCAUCUUCGAGCUGUUCCCAUUCUCCAUCGCCUUCACAUCAAAUAUGGUUGUAAAGAACCUCGGUCAGUCGAUGAUGACCAUUCUGCCGGAGCUGAUCGGAAGGAAAAUUGAUGAGUGGUUCGACCUGGUCCGGCCGCUGGUGGAGUUUAGAUUCUCAGGGAUUCUGAAAAAGACCAACAACAUUUUCGAGCUGGUAACAAUCGACGCCCCGUCUCGCCUACGGGCGCUGGACAGCAAGGUCAACACCAACGGCAUGGUCGACGACUUCGACGACGACCUCAUCAUCAAGGAGAAAAAUCUGCGACUCAAAGGUCAGAUGAUGUACUUUGACGAGUGGCGGAUGAUCCUGUUCCUGGGCACGCCCGUGAUGCCAGAUCUGGACGCCAUGAUUCACACCGGACUCUUCAUCAACGACCUCUCGAUGCACGACUUCAGCAGGGACCUGAUGCUGGCGAGCACGCAGCAGUCGAUCGAGCUCAAGCUGGCGCUGGACCAGGAGCAGCUCAAGUCGAAGAAGCUCGAGGAGUCGAUGAAGAAGCUGGACGAUGAGAUGCGGAGGACGGAUGAGCUGCUGUACCAGAUGAUCCCCAAGGAGGUGGCCAACCGGCUCAGGAAGGGCGCCAACCCCGUUGACACGUGUGAGGUUUUCGAGAGCGUCACCAUUCUGUUCUCCGACGUGGUCAACUUCACCGAGAUCUGCAGCAGGAUAUCGCCCAUGCAGGUGGUCGCCAUGCUGAACAGCAUGUACUCCAUCUUCGACAGGCUAACAGAGUUCAACCAAGUCUACAAGGUGGAGACGAUCGGCGACUCCUACAUGGUGGUGGACGGCGCGCCAGAGAAGAGGACCAACCACGCCGAGAGGAUCUGUGACAUGGCGCUGGACAUGGUGGACGGCAUCACGGGACUCACCGACCCGUCCACAGGAGACCAUAUUGAGAUCCGCGUCGGCGUUCACUCCGGUACCGUGGUGGCCGGCGUCGUGGGGCUGAAAAUGCCCCGCUACUGCCUAUUCGGAGACACCGUCAACACAGCGUCCCGUAUGGAGUCGAACAGUCAGGCCAUGCAGAUUCACAUCUCGGAGCCGACUAAGCAGCGUCUCGGCCCCAGCUACCGGACCGUCGAGCGGGGCGGCAUCCACGUCAAGGGAAAAGGCGCCAUGAAGACGUACUGGCUGCGCUCGCGGGACGGCCGGCGCCCGGUCUCUGCCAAAAUUCCCGACUCGGACUCGGAGGCGAGCAGUCCGCCGCACGCGCGCAGUCCGCGCCUCUCGCUGGGCAGGAACAGCUACACGCCGGUCAGCCAGGACUCACAGCAUCGCCGGCCGGCCAGCGGGACCCUGAGCAGCUCCGGACUGAAACUCUCCAACCUGCUGACAUUCGACGAGUCACGGCUGAUCGACAUCAAGCGUCAGCGGAGCCGGGCGCCGCCGGCCGGGCCGCUGGGGCGCACCUCGCGCGCCCAUUCCAUCUCGUCGGCCAGCUGCGCCGAGGUGGCGCGCUCGCCGCCGCCGCUCGCCGCCCUGCUGCACUGCUCCAUGAACGACCUGAGCCAGGCACCGGCCACCAGCGUGACGCACGGCGCGCCGCUGCUCGUGCAGCCGGCCGCGCACGCGCCCAACCUGGACUCGGCGCCGGCGGCCGCCAAGCCCGGCUGCCACUACUCCAAGAGCGUGGAGGCGGUGGUGGUGACCACGCCGUCCGGCUGCUGCCGGCCGCAGCCGGCCAAGGGCGGCAGUGCCGUCUGCGGCCUACUCUAGCCGCCCCGCCGACCACCGCCGGCCGUCCACCGAUCUCAGGCGCGAGACGCCGUCCCCUGUCCACCAGUGUUCUGUUUCAUUUGGAACAUAAAUGACCGUCACUGACCGCCUGCGACCGACAGAGAGCUGUAGGUGAGCUUCACAGACACGUCCAGAGAACAGUUCCAUCCGAGCUUCGAAUGACCUCCCGAAGAACGGUCUGGCUUAUAUAAUAAUCGUUCAGCCUAUAAAAGACGUAAAAAGCCGAGGCGUCGCGUGUGAUUUGAGCGAAGGUUGUCUGUAAGCCGUUGUAGAAUGAAUCUCUGGGCUAUUUUCACCAGCAUGAUUAAUGAUUAUGUGACCAACCCACUACUACAUGCAUAAAUAAGACUGACGUGGAUCAUGUUA